CGACUGGAGUCGCCCUACUUUCGUAUAUCACGUAGGUGGUCAAGGUUGUGUUUUCGCAUAUUAUUACUCUUCUCAGGAAAGAAAACAGUAUUUACUGGUAUAGAAGAAAGUAGACUUUGAAGAUGGCAACUCUUUCAAUAAAAAUAAAUGUUGUAGAGAAAAAUGUAAUAAAAACAAUGAAAUUUAAACCAUCUGUGCUAGUUUAUGAUGCAUGCCGAACCAUACGAGAAAAAAUAUCUGAAGCCAACUUGGGAGAAUCAAAAGAUUAUGGAUUGUUCUUGGCUGAUGAGGACCCAAGGAAAGGAGUGUGGCUGGAAUCUGGAAGAUCCUUGGAACACUAUCUUCUUCGAGAUGGGGAUCUAUUAGAAUAUAGGAAAAAGACAAGGACUUUGCGUGUGAGAAUGUUGGAUGAAUCAGUGAAGACUCUGAGAGUCGAUGACAGUCAGCCUGUAGCAAAUCUCAUGGUUGUCAUUUGUACAAAAAUAGGAAUCACAAACCAUGAUGAGUUUUCACUCGUGAGAGAGUUGGCCGAGGAGCCAGUCAAAGAUGCCUCCACCACAGGUACACUAACCCUCAGAAGGGAAAAAAAGGAUAAAGACAGAGACCAGAAAAUGGAACAGUUGAAAAAGAAGCUAAAAACUGAUGAUGAUUUAAACUGGGUUGACCAUUCAAAGACUUUGAGGGAGCAAGGUAUAAAUGAGGAAGAAACUCUCUUGCUACGACGAAAGUUUUUCUUUUCUGACCAGAAUGUUGACUCAAGAGAUCCUGUUCAGUUGAAUUUGUUGUAUGUACAGGCACGAGAUGCAAUUCUUAAUGGAACACAUCCAGUCACAUAUGAACAGGCAUGCAAGUUUGCAGGAAUUCAAUGUCAGAUUCAGUUUGGGGAUCACAGUGAACUGAAACACAAGCCCGGUUUUCUUGACAUCAAGGAGUUUUUGCCAAAAGAUUACUGGAAAGUAAAAGGAAUUGAAAAGAACAUAUUUGUGGAACAUAAAACAUGCCUGCACCUAAGUGAAAUUGAGGCCAAGGUCAAAUAUGUGUCACUUGCCCGUUCCCUUAGAACAUAUGGCGUUACAUUCUUUUUGGUCAAGGAAAAAAUGAAGGGCAAAAACAAAUUGGUACCUCGGUUGCUUGGAGUUACAAAGGACAGUGUUUUAAGAUUAGAUGAAAAGACGAAAGAGAUAUUAAAGACUUGGCCAUUGACUACAGUUAGAAGAUGGGCAGCAUCACCAAACAGUUUCACACUGGACUUUGGUGACUAUUCUGAUUCAUACUACUCUGUUCAGACAACAGAGGGUGAGCAGAUCUCUCAACUUAUUGCAGGGUAUAUAGAUAUUAUUUUGAAAAAGCAAAAAUCUAAAGACCACUUUGGUAUUGAAGGAGAUGAGGGUUCUACAAUGGUGGAGGACAGUGUUUCUCCUGCAAAGGCCACAAUUCUACAACAUACCCCAGCAGCAAAGCUAUCACAUGCCAGCUCAGGUUCAAUUGCAAUUCCUGCUGUUAUGAGAAGUGGAGCAGAUGGGGCUCAGAACUACAGCACAGGUCACAUGCAAGGAGUUCUUUAUGGAGAAAUAAAAGGACAAGCCCAUAGUGCUUACGCACCUACUACGCCCCAACAUCCGAAGGUACACAGCACAUUGACAGAACCCCAGCGAGCCCUGUUGAGCUCAAUUGAUGCAGGACGAGAUGCUGUGGACUUGGCUCAGAAAGAACUGCAGAUAAAAGCAGAUCUUCCAGAGUUGGGAACAGAUCCUACUUCACUGCAGUGGAGACAGAAUACCUUUGAUGUCAAAAAGCAAAGUGUGUCUUCUCAUCUUGGAGCAAUGAAUGCUGCCACUGCCCAGGUUAUCACUCUGACCUCUGGCUCACCAGAAGAUGUUGAUCACACAGGAGUUGGUACAGCUAUCAACAUCAUUACUACUAAUCUUCCGGAAAUGUCGAAAGAUGUAAAAGUUAUGGCUGCACUGAUGGAUGAAAGUCAAGGAGAUAACUUACUUGAUGCUGCAAGAAACCUUUGUCUGGCCUUUUAUGAUCUUCUAAAAGCUGCUGAGCCUGAUAGCAAAGAGCCUCGUCAAAACCUACUUCAAGCUGCCACCCGUGUAGGAGAGGCAAGCCACAAUGUUCUGUAUACCAUUUGUGAAGAAGAUGCUGUUGACAAGGAUAUACAGGACAUCCUUUUGAGCCUUGCCAAAGGAGUGGCAAAUGCAACAGCAGCUUUAGUUUUGAAAGCUAAAAAUGUGGCGAGUAGAUGCGAUGACCCAGCUUUGCAGAACAGAGUGAUAAACUCUGCAACUCAGUGUGCAUUAGCUACUUCACAACUGGUUGCUUGUGCCAAGGUGGUUGCACCAACCAUCAACAACCCUGCCUGUCAACAACAACUUGGUGAGGCAGCAAAAGAAGUGGCUAAAGCUGUAGAGAAUGUUGUUACAGUUUGUCAGAAUGCUGUUCAGGAUGAGGCCUUGCUAAAAGAAGUUGGAACUAGUGCCACCUAUGUCACUCAGUCUCUUAAUGAUUUGUUGAAUCACGUUCGAUGUUUUCCAGAGAAAUACGGACAGCCUUCUGAGCAUGAAGGUGCUGUAGACACCAUUCUUGAUGCAACAGACAAGCUUUUCAGCAGUACAGGGGAUGCCAAUGAGAUGGUGCGACAAGCUAAGGUUCUUGCCAAGGCAACAGCUCAACUUAUUCAGUCGAUUAAGGGAGAAGCAGAAUCCCAGCCGGACUCGGACAUACAGAGACGUUUGUUAGCAGCAGCCAAAUUAUUAGCAGAUGCAACAACAAGAAUGGUAGAAGCAGCAAAGGGUUGUGCUGGUAAUCCUCAUGACUCGGACUCACAAGCUGCUCUCCGUCGAGCUGCAGAAGAAUUGAGAACAGCCACUAAUGCUGCAGCUAGUAAUGCAUUAAAAAAGAAGUUAGUUUACAGACUAGAGAAUGCUGCCAAAAUUGCUGCUUCGAUGGCUACCCAGAACAUAGCUGCAGCACAGCGAGCAACAUCCCACAAUGAAAACUGGGCAACUCAAGAACAACUUAUGGAAAGCUGCAAGAGAGUUGCUGAAACAAUCCCAGCCAUAGUACAGGGUGUAAGGAGUACAAUGAAGGAACCAGAUAAUGCUUACAAUCAGCUUUUCUUGAUAAAUGCUGCUGAACAGAUGAUCCAGCCAACUAUUAAUAUGAUUUCGGCAUCAAAAGCUGCUCUUCCAACAAUAACGAACCCAUCCUCAGCUACACAACUGAACAAUACUUCCAGAGACAUGGCCAGUGCUCUAGCAGAGCUUCGUAGUGCACUAGCAAAGGCACAAGAAGCAUGUGGAACCCUUGAACUUGACAAUGCCCUUGACCUUAUUAACAGCUUGAAUGAUGAACUGGAAUCUUUCAGGAGAGCUGUAAAAUCUUUUGAAUUGAAACCUUUGCCUGGAGAAACUAGUGAAUCAUCAGCUCUUCGGCUGGGAAGUACCUCCAAAACAGUUGGUUCCUCAAUGGCACAGCUUCUUACAGCUGCAUCACAGGGCAACGAAAACUAUACAGGACUUGCAGCAAGAGACACAGCUAAUGCUUUGAAGAUCCUCACUGGAGCGGUAAGAGGUGUGGCUGCCACUACUUCAGAACAGGACGUUCAAUUGAAAGUCAUUGAUAGUGCCCAGGAUGUGAUGUUCAAGUCUGCUCACCUUGUUGAAGAAGCUCGAAGGUCUGUCCAGAACCCUGCUAACCCAGAAAACCCACAUAGACUGACACAGGUAGCCAAAUCUGUGUCAGUAGCUUUAAACAACUGUGUAAACUGUCUGCCUGGCCAGAGAGAUGUUGAUGAUGCAAUUCGUGGCAUCACUGAAGCCACGCAAGCUUUAAAUUCCCAUGAGUUCCCAAGCUCCAAUCGAUCAUACAGUGAACUCCAGAGUAACUUAAGUUCUGCUGCUGCUAAUUUGAAUAGUGAGGUUGGCAAUGUAAUGGAAGCAUCAAAGGGAUCACCAAAACAGUUGGCUAUUUCUGCCAAAAAGUUUGGAAGUGCUUUUGGUGAUUUACUGGAUUGUGGGAUUCAGAUUAUUGGACAAACAAAAGACAUGGAAGUUAGAGGGCAGAUGGUGGUGAGUCUUAAGAAUGUUUCCAUGGUAUCAAGCAAGUUAUUAGUUGCAGCUAAGUCUGUUUCUGCUGAUCCUGGUGCUCCUAAUGCAAAGAACCAGUUAGCUCUAGCUGCAAGGGCUGUGACGGAGAGCAUCAACUAUCUGAUAAAUGUCUGCACAUCUACAGCACCAGGUCAAAAGGAGUGUGACAGUGCCAUCAGAAACAUUCAGAUGAUGAGGCCACUUCUCGAAAAUCCCUCUGAAGGUGUUAAUGAUUCCUCGUACUUUGAAUGUCUAGACAAUGUCAUGGAUAAAUCAAAGACCCUUGGUGAAGGUAUGACUGGCAUUGCAAAUCAUGCAAAGAAGAGUGAGCAUGAGAAAUUUGGUGAAGCAAUCAAAGAUGUUUCCCAGUCAAUAUGUGGCUUAAUUGAAAAUGCUGCUCAGGCAGCCUACCUUGUUGGGGUGUCCGAUCCUUCCAGUGUUGCUGGGAAACCAGGAUUAGUUGACCUUGCACAGUUUGCUCGUGCUAACCAAUCCAUACAAAUGGCCUGUCAACAGUUAACAAACCAAACUAGCAACCAGCAACAGGUUCUUUCUGCAGCUACGAUUAUAGCCAAACAUACGUCAUCACUGUGCAAUUCUUGUCGAAUUGCAUCUUCUAAGACUGCAAAUCCAGUUGCUAAACGACACUUUGUGCAAUCAGCUAAAGAUGUGGCAAAUGCAACUGCCAACUUGGUGAAAGAAAUUAAGUGUCUUGAUCAAGAUCCAAAUGAAACCAACCGUCAUAACUGUUCAGCAGCUACAAAACCUCUGAUCGAGGCUGUUGAGAGUCUUACUACAUUUGCUAACUCCCCAGAAUUUGCAAGCAUUCCAGCAAAAAUUAGUCCAAAGGCUCGAGCUGCUCAGGAACCUAUUACUUCAGCAGGAAAAUCUAUCAUUGAUGGGUCAUGUAACAUGAUUCAAACAGCCAAAUCCCUUGCUCUCAAUCCUCAAGACCCUCCUGCCUGGCAGAGUUUGGCUAGUCACAGCAAGAAUGUUUCAGAUGCCAUUAAAAAGUUGGUCUCCUCCAUCAAAGAUAAAGCUCCUGGCCAGAAGGAAUGUGAAGAAGCUAUUGAGAAGUUAAGUUCGUGUAUCAAAGAACUGGAUUGUGCAGCAUUAAAUAUUAUGAGACAGGAUCUGACUUCUGGCCAAGAAAAUACGUUGAAGGGAUUUCAGGAACAAAUGGAAAACAGUGCAAUGGAAAUUAUGGACAAGAUUGACAGUGUCAGAACUUCAUCUAAAGGCGAAGCUGAGAAACUGGGUCAUGUAGUUUCCCAGUUGGUGAAUUACUUUCAUCCACUUGUACAAAGUGCUAUUGGUAGUGCUACCAAAACACUAAAUUCAAAACAGCAAAUGGCUUUGCUUGACCAAACAAAAACGGUUUCUGAAUGUGCGUUACAGCUGGUUUAUGCUGCCAAGGAGUCCGGGGGAAAUCCAAAAGCUACACACGUUCACGUAGAAAUUGAUGAUUCUGCAGAUGCCAUGCAAGAUGCGUUACACGAUCUGUUACACACACUGGAGGCUGCAGCUACGGAGGCUGGAAUAGUGACUGGAUUGGUUGAGUCUAUCCAUAAAUCAGUUGCAAAGGUGGAUGAACAUGUUCGAGUCUGUGAAAGUGAUUCUUUUGCUGACUACCAAACAAGAAUGGUGAAUUCUUGUAAGGAAAUAGCCAGACUUUCGCAAGAAAUGGUGACUAAAUCAACAACCGAUGUCAGUCAUCUGAGCCCCCUCGCAGCAAAUCUCUCCCAUCAGUAUGCUAUUGUUGCCAGUGACUCUCGAGGAGCAGUGAGUGCCACUUCCAACUCAGAGGUUGCUAACCGAAUCCGUACUGCUGUGCAGGGCCUAGGAUCAGCAUGUAUAGACUUGACUAAAUCUGCAGGGGAUUGUCAGAGUAACCACAUUGACAUCUUCUGUCAGAGAGAAGUGUCGAGAAAUGCAAAAAUUGUUUCAGAAAGAGUUUCUUUUGUGCUAGCUGCUCUUCAGGCAAAUUCCAGAGGAACACAAGCUUGUAUUAAUGCAGCCAGCACUGUUAGUGGAAUUAUUGGAGACUUGGAUACCACCAUCAUGUUUGCUACUGCUGGAACUUUACAUUCAGAAAAUGAAAAGGAAACUUUUUCUGAUCAUAGAGAAAAUAUCCUGAAAACUGCAAAGGCUCUUGUUGAAGAUACGAAAACUCUAGUUGCUGGAGCAGCUUCUAGCCAGGAACAGUUGGCUGUUGCUGCUCAGAAUUCUGUUGCAACUAUCGUGCAACUCUCUGAAGUUGUCAAACGUGGAGCAGCAUCACUAGGAUCCAAUAAUUCUGAAGCCCAAGUUUUGCUGAUUAAUGCUGUAAAAGAUGUUGCCAGUGCUUUAGGUUUUCUUAUCCAAGCAACUAAAGCUGCUUCGGGCAAGAGUAUCAACGACCCUGCCAUGUUCCAUUUGAAAGACUCGGCCAAGGUAAUGGUAACAAAUGUGACAUCUUUAUUGAAGACAGUCAAGUCUGUAGAAGAUGAACACACUCGUGGAACUAGAGCAUUGGAAUCAACCAUUGAAAUAAUUGGCCAGGAAAUCAGAACUUACGACAUGCCUAAUGUUCCCACCAAAAAAGCUACUCCAGAAGAACUUGUUCGAGUUACCAAACCUGUUACACUGGCAACAGCAAAAGCAGUUGCUGCAGGAAACAGUGGGAAACAGGAUGAAGUAAUUGUUGCUGCAAAUAUGGGAAGAAAGGCUCUGUUUGAUCUGUUGACAGUAUCAAAGAUAGCAGCUUACACAGCAGAAAGUCAAGAUGUCAGAAUACGAAUCAUAGAAUCAAGCCGCAACUGUGCUUUAAAUUACAGGGAACUGUUGAUGUUAGUUCAUCAUGUAAUUCAAAGACCUACCCAGGAAGGUAAGCAACAGUUAAUCAGCAUAUCAAGAAAAAUUGCCCAAUGUGUUUCUGAGGUUGUGUGUGGAGCCGAAACCCUGAAAGGUAGUGACUGGUUUGAUCCGGAUGAUCCAACAGUAAUAGCUGAAACCGAGUUGCUUGGAGCAGCCUCAUCUAUUGAUGCAGCUGCCAAAAAACUUUCUUUUCUUAAACCUAGAAAACAAAGUGUCAAGGAAUCUAAUAAAGAAAUGAACUUUGAUGAAUUGAUCCUUGAAGCAGCAAAGUCGAUUGCAGAAGCAACAUCUAUCCUUGUGAAAGCAGCUUCUGCAGCCCAGAAGGAGCUGUUAGAUUCUGGCAUGAUUGGAUCUCAUCCCUUGUAUACAUCUGAUGAUGGACAGUGGUCAGAAGGGCUUGUUUCUGCAGCACAUCUCGUUGCUGCUGCUACUCAUAGCCUUGUUGAGGCUGCUAAUGCACACGUACAGGGUCAUGCCACAGAAGAGAAGUUGAUUUCAUCUGCAAAACAAGUUGCAAGUUCCACUGCACAGCUGCUUGUAGCUUGUAAAGUUAAAGCAGAUCCUGAAUCUCAGGCUAUGAAGCGUCUCCAGAAUGCUGGAAAUGCAGUAAAAAGGGCUACAGAUAAUCUGGUCCGUGCAGCUCAAAAAUCAAUUGAAAAUGAUGAAGAAAGGAGUCUGAUUAUAAACAAAAGAAUGGUUGGUGGUAUUGCCCAAGAAAUUAUUGCAAGAGAAGAAAUUCUACGCAAAGAGAGAGAGCUAGAGGAAGCAAGGGAACGUUUGGCAGCUCUUCGUAAAGCAAAGUAUGGGAACAAAGCUCCUGAUGAAUAUCAAGGUUACGGUUCUCCAUAAGGUUGUCAGUGGAGCUAUAGAAGAAUAAGAUGCAUUUAUGAAACACAUAUCUAACUAACAGAUGGUUGAUCUCUCAAACACUUGUGUGAUGGAGACGAGUCAUUUUAAAGAUAACUAAAAGUAGUAUUGCUUUUUUUCAAUAGAAGUUUAAAACUGUAGUGUGUGUGUGUGUGUUUUGUUUAAAAGUGUGUCUUAAUUUGGUAUUUUUUUUUUAUUAUUGAUUUUGAAUAUUGGACAAAUUAGUGAUUUACAUAUCAAAUUUAAAAUCUGUGGUAAAGAAAGAAAAUAUUUGUAAAGCUCUAACCAUGACAUAUUUUUUGUAAACCGUAAGUUUCUAAUAGCUGUAUGAUGAAGUGCAACGAUCCCAGGUUUAUCAUCUUUUUAUUUUAAAUGGUGCUCUAGUUACAUACUCUUAAAUAUAGUGGGUAAGAUGUAAAACAUAUAGGUGGUGCUUUUCUAGAAAAAGACCUUAUGCUGUAUAAAGGCUUAUACUUAGUAUUUUAUUAACUUAAAUAUCUUCAUUUGGGGAAAUGGCUCUUCAGCUGUCUGUUCAGGUAAUGCCGUACAGUGCUUCCACUUUGACUCAAGUCUGUCCUGAAGUUUUCUACGAUAAGUAUAAGAAGUUUAGUAAGGCUCAAGCUGGAGCUAACAAAAAUAACUCUAGAAUAUUUAAUUUACACUUCAUUAAACAUAUACAUCUGUUGUGAUUAGAAUAGUUUAUAUCGAGUGAUGUAUGCUUAAUAGAAUGUCAGGAACUUAUAUCUGAUAUUUUUUCAUUUAGUAUAUAUAUAUUUUGGUUUAAAAAUGAAAUUUUCAAGUGACUCUAUGGCAGUUCAAAAUGGGCUCAAAGUAGUUCUAAUUUUGUUAACUGAAACAUCUUUUUGACUGUAACCAGGUGUGGAAUAAGUCUCACUUUCUACUGAAUCAUGAUUCUUUCUCGUUACUAACAAAAAUAUUCAAACAUUUAGUUUUUAUCGUUCUGGAAAAUUGUUGGUAAAUUAUAGACAUUACAGUUAUCCAAUAAGUUGAACAGAAUACAAUAGCCUGUAACUAUAUGUAAACAUAGCUCAGAUAUAUUAUUUUAAGCUUAAUACGUAUAAAGAAAAGAUUAAGUUUUGAUGUUAGACGUGUGCUAAAGGAAACUAAUUGUUGUUUGUGUGGGAAAAUUAAAAUUAUUUCUCUAAAAGUGGUAGCUAUUGUGAUAAAUUUGUGAGCUCCUUUAAUCAUAAAAAUUUUACGAAUUUAAAUGUUUAAUUCAAACAUAGUAAAACUGUAUUAAGGUUAAUAUUAUUCUAUAAACAUUAAUAAUGAAAUUGGUCCAUAAAUGAAAUCAAACUUUUAACUUCUUAUUUAUUAGCAUUUCUCUGCGUAAAACAACUUGUUUUGAAGACAGAAGUAAUGUUUAUUAAUCUCUGGUUUGUGAGAAUAUAUAUAUUAUCAUAAACUAACGUCUUUAAACAGAUGUACAAAUCUCCAGGUAUCUAAAGAGUCAAAUGCUUCCUCCUUUAAUUUGGAACUUGUGUGUAGAUAUUUUAUAGUUUGGAAGGUUGUUUUGGAUUGUUAACAGUGGACAAGGGUUGUUCUAGAAUUUACUAGGAGGAGAAUUGUAUUGUUACUAUAUUAGUUUAUCAGCUGUGUUAAGUAGAUUUGUUGAUACUGUGUUAUAACUUCCAAACACAAAGUCUAGUAAAAAGCUAAUAGAAUAGAAAACGUGUGCCAACUUGUAAUAAAAUGUUUAUGAGCUUAGAUGUAGAAAUAUUUUUUUGAAUUUAAACAUUAAUCCUUCUGGAUGUUCUCUCUUACACAUUGUUUUUUUUUGUUUUGUUUUUGUACACAUUAUCUUGGAACUAUAAUACAAGAAUUGGGCCUUAUAAUUCAGUUAUAGCUUUAAGUAAAAUUGACUACUAAUUAAUGUAAAAUAAUUUAGAUUACUGUAGUAUAUUUCAAAUUGAAAAGUGCCAUCUAUUGGGAAUAGGAUUUAUAAGAAUUGAAUUAUCAAAAAGAGGUACAUUUAGAAUUCACUUUUUUUUUAGUAGGAUCAUCUGAGAAGGGAACCAUAAAAGUAAUUUUUAUGUUCAAAAUGUUAAGUAAAUUAUUGGGAUAUUCUGAUCUUUCUUACAUACAUGAUUAGAACAUAUAUUAGUUGCAUGUUAUUGUGAAUUAUUGGAACGUCCACUAAAUUAAAUACUUUACGGAUCUUUCUUGGAUUUUGUUUUACUCAAACUAUAUUCCCAUACUUAUCAUGAAUGAGAAAGAACUGUAGUUAGAUUUAUAUAAAAAAUCUCAAAAAUGAAUUUCUUAUAAAACAUCAUAUAAUUGAUGGUAUAUUUUAAUAUUCAGACGUGGAAAAUGUUUUCACUGCCAUGGUUUUUGAAACCCGUUUUGAAGUAAUCGGUACAGCUGCCUAGUUAUGUGAUGUUUUUGUAGUAUUAACUAGAUAAAAGUUUUUGUUUGUUACGGUAGUAUGAUUUACAUUUUGAUACAAAAGGCAGCUCAGAACUUGUAAAUCUUUCAAAGUAAAAAAUAUAUAUAUUUUAUAAAAACAUUUAUAUACUGAUAAGUGAUACAAAGAUGUACUGGUAUAAAAGAAAUGUCUUCUGUGAACAUAUUGCUUUGUUUCCAAAUUAGAGAAAUUUAUUUUGAAUUAGAUUUUUUUUGCAGCUAAUAGUUGAAGAAAAUUCAAGAGAAGCCUUUUCUUACCCAUUUUGAGUCUUUAUGUUUUAGAUUUUUCUAAAUUUACAAAAUUCAAAUUUAGAGCUUUAAUUUAUUCAAAUAAUUGAAAAUAAUGUUAACACUGAUCAGAUUUAUUUUUGCCAAUGUUUAAAAAGCUGAAAAUCAGAAAAGUCUGUUGGGUAUUUUACAAUUUUUAAUUUUGGCUCAAUUCUGUUUUCCACAAACUUCUUCAUUGGAGUAUGUACAUGUAUAAUUGCAUUAUAGCAUAAAGAAAUUAUAAGCUCUGAACAAUAGUCUAAUCUUUUUUGAUGCUCGAGAAGUUUUUGUGAUCAAAAGUUUUUGCAGAACUUCACUCUUCUGUCCAAAGUAUAGGACAAAAACUUGUGAUUUUGUGUAAAGAAUUAAUAUUUCUCUUUUGUUAUUUCAACAAUUAAGAAGAGUACAGAGUUCAGUGAUACAUCUCUAAUACCAUAUGUUAAUCUGACAUAUAAUAACACACUUUGAUCGUGGGAAAAGUCCUGUUCAUUAAGUGGAUUGGAAAGUAAUAAAAAACGGCAAAUCUGCACUUCCUUAAAGCAUCAUAUAAGUAAAUAGGUUUUUAAAAAAAUUUUUAAGAUACUUUAUAUAAUUUGAGUUCCUUUGUGGGAAUGAGAAUUUUUCACAAAUUCUUAAUAAAAUUUAUUUUUCUUCACUUACACAUAAUCAAAAUAUGAUACUGAUGAAAAAUGUAAUAAAAUUACUUUCAAAAAAUAUAAAUAUAAUAAUGUUUCUGUAUGUUAUUUAUUAUGUAAAGCUUAUGUGAUGCACAAAGUACCAUUUAAACAUUUUGGCCAAUCAGGAAAAUGCUGGAAGAUUAAACACAUGAUUUUAUCAUAAUAUUGCUAUUACUGUUUUUAUUAAUUAAUUUAUUUCAAUUACUUUGUGUUUGUUCUCAAUUAUUUAGAAUAACUACUAUUUUGGUAAAUAAUAUUACGAUUAGUAAAAGUCUUCUACUCUGAAGGUUACAAAAAGAACAAACUAAACAUUUAUAUACAGUUAAGUGCAUGAACUUUUUCUGCUACAAAGAAAUGUUAAAUAUUGUUAUAAGCUAUCAAUUAAAACUUAAAUUUCAGUUUUUUGUUCAAUUAGUUACUGUUAUACGUAAUGAAUUGUAUUUUCUAACAAACAAUAGAAGGUCAAUUUUUUUUCCAAGUAAAAUGUGAAAAUUUCUUUUUCUUUGAAUUUAUGAAGUUCUUUCAAACAAGAAUUGGUGUAAUUCAGUAAAAAUAAAUAGGUAUUCAAACUUUUGCUUUGCAUGUAAUAUAUAUUUGUUUAAACCUUCAAGUUUUUAAAUAUUUUAACUUAGAUUUUGCCACAGUAAAGUGCUUGAAAGCUUUGAAGUUUAAAUAAACAUCAGUAGUGUUUAGUAUACUAACUUAAAAUCUCCUUUUUUUUGUUUUUGUACUACAAGUACAAA